AUGGUACUGGUUACGUCUGUGCGUGAUUACAUAAAUCGGAUGCUUCAAGACAUCUCCGGCAUGAAAGUUCUCAUACUCGAUUCCGAAACGGUUAGCAAUGUGAGCAUUGUGUAUUCACAGUCAGAGCUGCUUCAGAAGGAAGUUUUUCUUGUGGAGAUGAUUGAUUCAAUCUCUGCGUCUAAAGAAUCGAUGUCUCAUCUGAAAGCUGUUUAUUUCAUCCGCCCAACUUCAGAGAAUAUUCAGAAACUUCGUUAUCAAAUUGGGAAUCCUAGAUUUGGAGAAUACCAUUUAUUUUUCUCCAAUCUGUUAAAGGAUACUCAGAUUCAUAAUUUGGCCGAUUCCGAUGAGCAAGAGGUUGUACAGCAAGUUCAGGAGUAUUAUGCAGACUUUGUUGCGGGUGAUCCAUAUCAUUUUACAUUGAAUAUGGCAUCGAAUCACCUAUAUAUGCUCCCAGCAGUUGUCGAUCCCUCUGGUUUGCAACGCUACGCUGAUCGGGUUGUUGAUGGAAUUGCGGCAGUGUUUCUAGCGUUGAAAAGAAGACCUGUCAUCAGAUAUCAGAGGACCUCUGAUACUGCGAAAAGGAUUGCACAGGAAACAGCUAAAUUGAUGUAUCAGCAAGAAAGCGGUCUAUUUGACUUUAGACGGACUGAAAGCUCUCCAUUGUUGCUGGUAAUUGACAGAAGAGAUGACCCAGUUACCCCAUUGCUGAAUCAGUGGACAUAUCAGGCAAUGGUGCACGAACUGAUAGGACUUCAAGAUAAUAAAGUGGACUUGAGAGCCAUCGGAAGUCUUCCAAAAGAUCAGCAAGAGGUGGUUUUAUCAUCAGAACAAGAUGCAUUCUUCAAAUCUAACAUGUACGAAAAUUUUGGGGAUAUUGGAAUGAACAUCAAGCGAAUGGUAGAUGACUUUCAACAGGUGGCAAAGAGUAACCAAAAUAUCCAGACAGUAGAGGACAUGGCCAGAUUUGUUGACAACUACCCUGAGUACAAAAAGAUGCAAGGCAACGUCUCAAAGCAUGUAACCCUGGUUACUGAAAUGAGCAAGCUAGUGGAAGCAAGGAAACUGAUGUUGGUUUCACAAACAGAGCAGGACUUGGCUUGCAAUGGUGGGCAAGGAGCUGCAUAUGAGGCAGUUACAGAUCUCUUAAAUAAUGAUAGUGUGUCUGACAUCGAUCGGCUACGUUUGGUAAUGCUCUAUGCUUUGCGGUAUGAGAAAGAAAAUCCCGUUCAGUUGAUGCAACUGUUCAACAAAUUGGCUUCACGGUCUCCCAAGUACAAACCAGGGCUAGUUCAAUUUCUCUUGAAACAAGCCGGUGUGGAGAAGCGUACUGGUGAUCUAUUUGGAAACAGAGAUCUUUUGAAUAUAGCACGCAAUAUGGCUCGUGGACUUAAGGGUGUUGAGAAUGUCUACACACAACAUCAGCCUCUUUUGUUUCAAACUAUGGAAAGCAUAACCAGAGGGAGAUUACGAGAUGUGGACUACCCAUUUGUUGGAGAUCAUUUUCAACAAGGACGGCCUCAAGAGGUGGUUAUUUUCAUGGUUGGUGGAACAACAUACGAGGAAUCACGCUCUGUUGCUCUACAAAAUGCCACCAAUGCCGGGAUUCGAUUUAUUCUAGGCGGCACCGCAGUGCUUAAUUCCAAGAGAUUUCUGAAGGACUUGGAAGAAGCACAAAGGAUAUCAAGAUCAGGUAGCCAUAUGGUCUGA